AUGGACGUCUUUCUGACCAGGCUCACCCAGCAGGCAAUGAACUAUGCCAUUCGCUCAGGGAUAGCCAUAACUGCCAACUAUGCGCUACGACAAUCGUCUCGUCUGCUCAAGAAUGUCGAGAACACUGAAGAAAGAGAAGAGCUCCUCGCUCUGCAGCAGAGGUUGCAAAGCAAAAUCCAAGUUAUCUCGCCGGCCAUUGAUAUGAUUGAGUUGAUCGCUGCUAGAGGCAACACGUCUUUAGAGUCUGCGGUUUCGCUCACGAAAACACUUCGAUUGGAUAUGCAAGCCCUCGGGCAGCGAUUAGCAAACGCAGCUGCCUCCGAGGAGUUGCUACGAAAAGGCGCAAAGUCUCCCAGAGACCGCUCACGUAAUGAUGCAGAGAUCAAGCUCAUCGUCAGAGACAUCAAGAGGCUUCUGACACGAAUUGAGGAUGCAGUUCCGCUGAUGAACUUGGCCAUUACCACAUCGGGGGCCAGACUAUCAACCAAUCUUCCAGCGACGGUGUCGCCAUCCAGGUUGCUGCAAGCCAGUACUUUCCUUACUGCCGGUGACACUCAGUAUUGGAUGUCUCCCGCGCAAGCUAUCCAAAUUGGCCCUACCUUUACCUUAUCGAUAUACAUGCUCUUCGCGGGUCACGUUCGGCCCCAGGACGAAGAGGGCAUUCGAGAAGCCACGUGGAAGGAGGUUAUCCACAAGGCACGCGUGAAACUUCGGCGUGUGCCAAUGGAUCUUACGUCCAAUACAUCAGCUCCGACUUGGCGAGCUAAACUUCCGGCUGAGGCACGAAUAGAUGAAUACCACUACCAAAUGUUGAUCAUUGAAGAUUUGGACGACGGAAGAGUGCAUUCGUAUGAUGAAGAUGAGCCACAGCCGGAGCCCUACGAAGGAAUCCGCCUAGCUGGGAUGCGGGAAAUACUCCCGAUCCACCAGAUAUCGAAGAUCUUCUACGCGGAUACGAGCAAAGUCUUAAAUAUCAAUACAGAAGGCGAAGUCAACAACCCGGUGCUGCUAUUGAAAAGAGAUAUAAAUGCUAUCCCUCCGCGGCGUAUGCUCGAGCGCGACGAAACAGAUUCAAUUUAUGCUCAAGAAGAACAGGAUGAGGAGGAAACUGACGAAAUCCAGGCGCAGCUGGAUGCUCAGUUGAAUGGGUCGAAUGCUAGAGAUCCAUUGAAUCAGAGUUACAACGAGAACUCUAUCCCAGAACACUGGCGCUUGCCGAAAGAUCUGGAUCCUGAAUGGAUAGCAUUCGAAGUCUAUAACGAAGAUGAGUCUUCGGACACUGAAUCCGAAGCGGGGGCGCCAGAUAGGGUGGACUCCAUAGAUCCACAGAUGAUGGCAAAGCUAUCUCUUGAUGCGAAGGACGACAGGUCCCGGCAAGGAACCCCAACCUCUUCACAACCCCCCGCCACAACGACCGUCUCGAACCCCCUCUUCAACAACAUCCGAACCUCCCUCUCCCUUCUCGAGACACUUCUCCGCUUGAUGUCAUUACAACAGUUCCAGCAACAGUCCCACCUCUCUAUUAGCGACGAACUUCUCAACUUUUUCCUAGAGGAAUCAUCCACUACUGGCGCCGGUGGUGACGAGCAACAUCGCCAACGUCUCCGCGCCGACGCGAGACGCAGGGUUGGCUGGGAUCCUUACGACGAAAGUCCUGUCAAGCGAAGAGGCGAAGAUUAUCAGUAUGGCUGGGCUUCUGAUGGGCCUCCAGUCGGUUAUUCUCGCGAGGGAAGCGAGUAUCCCUACACGCCGACUGACCGGUAUCCGGGAUACCAUUUGCGCUCCCGCGAAAAUACGCCAGAAACGCCGCUGCAAUCCCGGCGCGCAGGUUCAACUAAGCCUGACACAAGGCGACAAAGUGCGAUGCGGGGCUCCUCGGUUCUCGCCGAUGAAGCGUCAAGUAGAGGUUCUCCUCUUUCCAGACGAUCGACUCCAGUAGAAGAUACUGGGCGCGGGGCUUGA